AUGUUCGUUUUAUAGUAAAGAGUGCUAGAAAAGUGCAUAAUCGACAUCACUAAGAAAGCAUUUGGAGAACAAAUAGAAAUUGAAAAUAGAGGGGCAUUCCUUAAUCGGAUAAAAGAAAUCACAUUAGAAGCAUUUUAACUUAAUUAUGGAGAGGAGAUCUUCUUACUUUAAUAAGAAUUAAGAUAAUCUUAGGAGGCCAUUGAAAAGGCGAAGUUAGAUUAUUUGGAUAGAGAAUAGUAGUUAAUCAUGAGUCUCGAGCAAAAGUUGUAAGAACAAUAAAUAUUACAAUUAAAAGAGUUGAACGGCCUCUAAGAAAUGCACGAUGAACAAAUCCAGCUUAAUAAAAAGCUAUUAAUCAAUCUAGAGAGGGUAAAUAGAUAAAAUAGUGAACUUUCUUAAUAAAAUAACCAAUUGAAUAAAGAAAUUUCAAAUUUGAAAGAAACUUAUAGUUAAUUUGAAUCAUAAUAAAAACUUAAAAAUCAGGAGAUUUUUGAAUUUAGACAAAAGUUUGAACAAUAAUGGUCUGCUAAUUAAGUACUUGAGUAGUAGUAUAAAACUAUGAAGUAAGAAAUGGAAAAAGUAAUUAAAGAGAUGCAUAGAAAGAAUCAAUUAUAAAUAGAUGAGAAUGUUAUAGCAGAAAAUGAAGUUCAAAGAUUGAAAUGGGAAUACGAAUAAUUGAAAUCAAAGAAACAUUAAGAAUCUCAAAAAUACAAGGAAGCCUUAGAGUAGCUAAAAUUAAAAAGUUCCAAUAAAAUACGGGAUUAUAAAUAGAAACUAAAGGAGGUUUAAAAUAAAGAUGCCUUCAUUGUAGAAUUAUAGGAUUAAAUCAAAGAAUUAUAGGAGCAUAUCGAAUUUUAAUAAGGGUAACAUAAGUCUACAAUAAAGCAAUUUGAAAACUUAGAGUAGAAUAUGGAGUAGGAGAAAUCAUUAAUCUAGCAACAUUUAACAAAAAGUUUAGAAACUACGUUAAAUGAUAAAGAUAGAGAAGUGCUAAGUUUAUUCUCUUUAACUCAAUAAUUGAAAUAAUCUCUAUAGAAUGAGUAGGAUAACAAGUAGAGAAGUAUCAUAAAAUUGGAAGAUCAGAUUAAAUAAAUAAAUUAAUAGAGAGAUGAAUUAAGUGAGGAGAUUCAAGAUUAACAAUUAAAGAUAGAACAUUUAGAGUAAGAGUUGAUCAAGAAAGAUUAGAAUAUAAAGUUAUUAUUGAAUGAUAUCGAUGAAUUGCGUCAAUUUUCUGAAUAAACAUUGAAUACUUUAAGAGAGAACCAAGACUACUUGAGUGAAUUGGAAAGAGAGAAGCAAUAAUAACAUGAGAUAAUAGAAAAUAUCUAGAACUAAUUAGAAAUCGAAAUUAAGGAAUUGGAAUAGAGAUGUAAAUUAUUCAAACAAGAGCAUUGCUUAAUGUUGGAGGAACAAUUAAAAAGGUAGGCUUCUUGCGAAUAAGAAAUCGAUAAACUCAGCAAUGAAAAUUAAUAAAACAUUCUUAAUUUUGAAAAUCAAUAAAAGAAACUAAAGUUGGAGUUUAAAUUGCAAUCAGAAGAAUAGAUGAGACAGUAUAAUCAAUUAGAGAAAGAAUCACAGUAAAUGAAUGAAUAAAUUGAGAGCUUGGAAAAGUAGCAUUAAGAAUUGAUCUAAGAUUUGGAAUAAUAUAUAGCAUAAUACACUAAUGCUUUAUCUUAAAUAGAAGAACUUAAGAGUAAGGAAAAAGAUCUAAUCUAAAUUUAAAGCAAGAAUUAGAAAACCUGGGAUAUAGAGAAAUAGUUACUCUCUUCAUAAUUGGAGGAUCAAAAAGUGUAAUUUAAUAAGAUAAAACAAAAAGUAAUUAGAUCAGUUUGCAAGUAGAAGGAAUAAUUAAAGUAGUAAUUGAAUGAGACUAAGUAAUUCAUCUAAAAUAGAUUUAAAAGCUAUGAUAUAGAUAUAAGGGAAUUCUUGUCAAGUUAAAUCAAAAAGAUCCUUUAGUUAUCGAAUUAGGAGUUGUUUUUGGAGAAGAGAAAUCAUGAAGUUAUUUUAAAAGAAUUUGAAAUAGAAUUUGACAGAAAGGUUGAUUAAGUCAAAAGAGAGUAUAAAUUGAUAUAAGAGGAAUCAGAUAUUGCUAUCAAAUAAAAGAUAUAAUAAAUUUACUAAUAUGAUCAAUCAAUCAAUGAUUUAAAAAAGCAAUUGAGUCUUAAAUUGUAGGAAAAUGAUAAUUUACAAUCGCAAUUCUAAAUUUCUAAUGAGUUAUGCAAAGAAUUGCAAAAAAAAGCUGAGAUUGAAUAAAUACAUUCCUAAAAAUUGAUUUCAUAAUUAUAAGAAGAACUAAUCCAAAUUUAGCAAACUGUAGAUUUUACAUAGAAGGAGAGACAAUACUUUGAAUAACGAUACAAUGAUUUUAAAGUUAUGUCAGAAAGGAAAUUGGAUUAGGUUUCCAGAGAAUACUAAUAGUAAAUUCAACAAUUAGAGGUUUUGGUAUAAAAAAACGAGAAAGUUGAUUAAUCCCAUGUUUUCCUUAAACAUUCUCUAUCUUCUAGUUAAGGAUUCAAUCGAUCUCCCAAUAUGAUAAAACAAUAGUGUAGAUAUUCAGUUAUUUACUUAGAUACUUAUUAAAAACCACCAAAUUAUGGAUCUCCUACUCUGCGAACACCUAACAAAUCUCCAAUCAACGAAAGAGCUGAUAAAACCAUAGAGGAGUUGAGAGUGGAAAUUCAUUAACAAAAAGAAAAACUUUCUAGAAUGAAGUUAAACUUUACGGAAUCUCAGAAGAAAUCCAAAAUUGCAUCACAGUAUUGA